AUGACAAGAGUCCUUUCGCAGAGGCCCGACAUCCUCGCCCCUUUAAUCAAUGUGAGCAUCAAUGAAGGUAGCCAAGUUACACCAGGCUACAUCUUUAUCGCUCCGUUCCAGAUUGAAAGACCUGGACCUUAUAUUUACACGUCUGAUGGAGACCUUGUCUGGAGUGGAUCGGACGGUUCAACCGACGAGCUUUUCCAUGAUCUCCAUGUCUGCAAUUAUGGAGGGUCUGAUCAUCUGUGCUACUUCCAAGGCACACAAAUCGAGGGCUACGCACGGGGCCGAAACUUGAUUCUUACCGACGACUAUACACCUGCUGCAACUGUACAGAGCGGCAAUGGACUAGAGCCAAUUGAUUUGCACGAAUUGGAAGUCCUCGAUGGAGAACGUAUGCUCUUUCCGAUCUACCAACCCAAGCCUUACGAUCUAUCCGCAUACGGAGUCGAACCCCCAAAUGGGUGGGUCAUGGAUGGUAUCUUUCAGGAAGUCGAUAUCAAGAGCGGAAAGGUGCUGUUCGAGUGGGGGUCUAUUGAUCACGUUCCUCCAUCGGAGAGCGACGUUCCUUUGGGGAUCAAUUCAAUUGUGGGCAAUGGGCAGAGCAAUGCUACCCCUUGGGAUUAUUUCCACAUCAACUCGGUUGACAAAUUCCCGAACGGCGACUACCUCAUUUCUGCAAGACAUACCAGCGCCAUCUACAGAGUUUCGGGCCAAAACGGGGCUGUGAUAUGGCGACUGGGUGGUACAAACUCUACCAUUCAAACGACCGACUACAACUUUUCUGCGCAACAUGAUGCGCGCGUAAACGAUGAAAAUAGUACACAUACAGUGCUCUCGCUGUUUGAUAACGGAAGUAAUGGCUUCAGAAACACUUCACUCACAUCGUCUGGUAUGAUCGUCGCCAUCGAUCGCCAAUCCAGCACCUCGACGCUCCUCACACGCUUCCAGGCUCCAGCACCAGGGUUACUCUCGUCAAGCCAAGGAAAUUUCCAAUUACUGUCCAAUGGACAUGGAUUCAUCGGAUGGGGAAGCAUUCCGUCUUUCUCAGAACACACUCCAGAUGGUACACCAAUCUACUUUGCUACCUUGAUUGACACUGAUGCGAUGAAUUACCGCGCGUUCAAGUACAACUGGACCGCGACACCAGCUGAUGCUCCAGCAAUCGCAGCACAAGCCCCUGCAAAUGGCGCAACCACAUUCUGGGCUAGCUGGAAUGGAGCGACAGACUAUACCAAUUGGAACUUUUACGGGGCCAGUUCUGGCUCCGAUCAGUUUACGCUGCUGGCUAGUAUUGGCAAACAGGGUUUCCAGACUACCUACACAAGCCCUCAAUUUUACACUCGGGCAUAUGCGGAAGCUAUUGGGUCUGACGGUUCUAGUUUGAGGAAAUCACCUGUUGUUAAUGUUGCAGUUCCUUCUUGA